CACAGGGAAUCUCUACCGUACCUUCUCUGUCUCUUGGCAUCUGUUUCCUCUUCCUUCUCUGUGUUUUUGCCCUUAUUGUUCUCAGUUUCAAUCAAUCUCUCUGCAAAAUUUUCUUUCCAACGAUGAAGAACCGAGCUGGAAAAGACGAAGAACAGACUCGCUCGAAAUCGAAGUUCAUGAAGGCUAAUAAACACAAGAACAUGAAACGAUUGGGAGGGAAGGGCCCUUCGCCCCAGGCGUUUGCGAAUGCGAAAUCAACUACUGAUUACUAUAAUCCAGCUUUGAUAAAAAAGCAAAGAGAGUUCUAUAAGAAUGCUAAACAUGUCAACAAGUAUAAGAAGUUGGUAAAGCAUCAGAAUAAUCAGAAUGAGAGGCCAUCUAGCUCAUCUGUUGGACUUGUCGAGGGUGAAAAUGAAAUGAAAUUCGAGAAUAAGACGAAUGGAAGACGUGGGAACGAAAGGAAUAAAGGCGUACCUAGUCUCCAGGGACUGUAUGAGAGAAAGCAUCAAGAGAAAGAGAAAGCAAGAAUGGAGAAAGAAGCCAUUAUUGCUGCAAAAAAGGAAGAACGAGAAAGAGCUAAAGCUAGAAGAAACUCCACGAGGGAGAAAAUGUUCAAAAGGACACAAAAAGGGCAGCCAGUUAUGAAGUACCGAAUUGAGCAUCUUUUGGAGACCAUUGGCGCCUCAAUGAACCACUGAGGACUUUGUGAAACAAAAUUUUGUUCGCUUUAGUGUUUUUUAUGGCGUUCAUCAACGUGUAGGAGAGGGGAGACUCAAACUUUGGUCCUUGAUAUAAGGUAUAUGUCUUAACUAAUUGAGUUAUGCUUAGUUUAUCUAAAGUUAGGUGUUGAAACUCGACGAGUAUCUAAACUAGUUAGGUGGCAUUCAAUACUAUCCGUUAGAUUCUUUAGCAUUCUCGUAACCAAGAAUCUAAGUUUCAUAGGACAGGACAUGGUUUACUUCGAUUACCAAGUACUCCCUUUAUCAUGCAUAGAUAGAUCUACAUACACACAAACACAAAUUGUUCGAAUGUUCGAGAUGCAUCAAUCACGAGCAAGUUCCAAUAGAAUUGGAAUGGCAUGUUCGGGAUGAAAAAACUCAGCAUCUCAUCGACUAGCCAACAUUAUAAUAUCCACAUAACUCAAUUCAGCAUCACAAGACGGUUUUAUUCAAGAAGGAAUGGGUAAAUUCUAAAUGAAACCGAUCAUCCUCUAAGAUUAUCCAACAUAUUACAAUUCCAGUAUUAAAGAUCAUUCUCAAGCUGAAUCACAAACAAAGAUUUAUACCGUACAAGAAUCAAACUUGGAAGCUUCGGGACGAUUCGAUUGGAGUCGAAUCUCAAGGCAAACGACACAGUAUAUAAGCUCGGUGUGGUCGAGGCUGGCAUAUGACCAUGAGGGUGAGAGCUAUAACAAUAGCCAGCAGAAGUCCCAUAAGAUUCAAUCCAAAUCCAUCGGCAUCACCAGUUGAGCAACAAUGCUUCCCCAUCAGAUUUACAGAGCAAAAAAACCAGUUGCCUUCCCAAAUAAAAGCCUCAAAAUUGAGCCUCUUGAACCCUUUCCUCUGGUCAAUAUAAAGUGACUCAAGUCAAGUCUUUGUGCUCAAGUCUUUAUAAAGCUCUUUGAUUCUUCUCCCUGUACUUAAUGCGGCCGUUGGGUCGUUUUUGUUUGUUUAGAUUAGUGGAGGACAAAAAUGUAAAAAUGUCACAUUUUUUUCCGUCGG